UCACAUGAUCCCACUGGAUCCCCUAAUCCUGUCUCGCUCCGCGUCUAGCGCGGGACUCGGAGCAGGAUGCGCAGAGGCGGCGGGAGCCAGCGGAGGAGGAGCCGAGGGACCCGAGUGGUGGUGGUGGUGGCGCUUCUGCUGUUUUUCGCAACGGUGGGUCCUCUGGGAAAGCUACCUGUUGCGUCGGCUCAGCAGAUCCGCGGGGAUUCAGAAAAUAAAACGCAGUGUAUUGUCUCCCCGUCAUCGGAAUUCCCAGAAGGAUUCUUUACGCAGCAGGAGCGAGAAGAUGGAGGCAUCAUUAUCUAUUUCUUAAUCAUUCUUUAUAUGUUCCUGGCUGUGUCCAUUGUGUGUGAUUAUUACUUCCUCCCUUCUCUAGAGAUCAUCAGCGACGCCCUUGGCCUCUCUCAGGAUGUUGCAGGAGCAACUUUCAUGGCAGCGGGUAGCUCUGCACCUGAAUUGGUCACAGCCUUUCUUGGGGUAUUUGUCACAAAGGGGGACAUUGGAGUCAGCACUAUUCUUGGUUCUGCAAUCUACAACCUCCUUGGUAUCUGUGCAGCUUGUGGACUGUUAUCUAGCACGGUUUCGAGACUGUCUUGCUGGCCCUUGUUCAGAGACUGUUUGGCCUAUGCAGUUAGCGCAGCAGCAGUUCUUGCAAUGAUAAUAGACAACAAAGUUUACUGGUAUGAAUCCGCUUCUCUCCUCUUAAUAUACGGAGUCUACAUUUUGGUGCUCUGCUUUGACAUUAAAAUCAAUCAGUACAUCAUGAAGAAGUUUAGUCGUUGCUGUACCUGUUUCACAGUGACUGCAGAAGAGACUGAACAGCAACCACUGAUGGGCUGGAAGGAAGAGACAGGGCCUCUUCUUCGGCGGCAGUCAAGAGCAGACAGUGGAAUUUUCCAUGAGUCAGAUUACGCUCAACUUUCAUCAAGUUUACAUGGGCCUGAUACUAUUUCUGAAGAUUCUCAAAGCGUGUUCACCAUGCCUGAAGCAGAUCUGAAGAGAGUUCUGUGGGUGCUGUCCCUUCCAGUUAUUGCUCUGCUCUAUUUGACGACACCUGACUGCAGAAGAGUGUUUUGGAAGAACUGGUUUAUGCUUACAUUCUUCAUGUCAGCAGUGUGGAUUUCGGCAUUUACAUAUAUUCUUGUAUGGAUGGUAACAAUAGUGGGGGAAACUUUGCACAUUCCAGAUACUGUAAUGGGUCUUACAUUACUAGCAGCAGGAACAAGCAUACCAGAUACAGUUGCAAGUGUACUGGUGGCUAGGAAAGGAAAAGGCGAUAUGGCGAUGUCGAACAUUGUAGGAUCCAAUGUAUUUGAUUUGUUGUGUUUGGGAUUGCCGUGGUUUAUAAGAACAGCCUUUGUAGACACAUCAGCUCCUGCAGAAGUGAACAGCAGUGGUUUGACUUACACUGCCAUUUCUCUUGUUUGUUCCAUUGCUUUUAUUUUUCUGGCUGUUCACUUGAAUGGCUGGAAGCUAGACAAAAAAUUGGGGGCAGUCUGUCUAGUGAUGUACUUAGCAUUUGUAAUAUUAUCAAUCCUGUAUGAACUUGGAGUCAUAGGAAACAAUCCUAUCAGUAUCUGCGGAGACUAGUUUGGCUAGGGUUGGUUUUUUUUAAAAAAAAACAACAA